AUCCCGUCGCAGUGCGAGUGACGCGACCCUGUAACAGGCUGCUGGCGCUCGGGGCCACCUGCGGCUGAGCCGGGGGUCGCUUGGCCGCAGCGAUGAGUGACAAGAUACUGAAUGAGGAGGAAUCUGAUGGCGCUGCCGCAGAGUUACAGAGUGGGGACGAGAAUGAGCUGCCUGUUAUCCAACUCUGCGGGCUAGUGGAGGAGCUCAGCUAUGGAAACUCUGCUCUCAAAACUGAAACAGAGAUGUUUGAGAAGUAUUACAAUAAACUGGAGCCCAGUGAUCAACGACAUGCACGUUUAUCAGAGAUAAAGAAAGUAGGAUCAGAAUUUGCACAGUUUCGAGCCAGGCGUAAAUCCAAAUCCCGUGGAGAACGUACUGGCCUCAGUGUUGACCAAAAAUGUGAGCUUAUGCAAAAGGAACUAGAAGACACAAAGGAUGAACUACGACACUUAAGGGCAAAUGCUGAACGAGACCUACAGCACCAUGAGGCUAUCAUUGAAGAAGCUGAAAUUCGAUGGAUUGAAGUUAAGAGAGCAGUGCAUGAGUUUGAAAAAGACAUUCUAAAAACCAUAUCCAAGAAAAAAGGGAGUAUUUUGGCCACUCAGAAAGUGCUGAAGUAUAUUGAAGAUAUGAACCGUCGAAGGGAUAAUAUGAAGGACAAAUUACGUUUGAAAAAUGUUUCUCUCAAAGUUCAGAGGAAAAAAAUGCUUUCACAGCUGAGGCAGAAGGAAGAGGUGGGUGAGGCCCUCCAUGAUGUCGAUUUUCAGCAGCUGAAGAUUGAGAAUGCUCAGUUUUUAGAGACAAUUGAAUCGAGGAAUCAAGAGCUGAUUCAUCUAAAACUGGCAUCUGGAAACACCCUGCAGAUCCUCAGCACAUACAAAAGCAAACUACAGCGAGCAAUGGAGUUGUCUGUCAAUUUGGAAAAGGAAAUCCUGCUGAGAAAUGAAUUACUCGAAAAACUUGAAAGUGAAACCCAGCAAGUGGAAGAGGACCGGGCCAAAGCAGAGGACUCAAACAGGAAACUCCGAAAACAACUGGCAGAGUUCCGAGCGCCUCCGGUGAUGAUGUAUGUCCAGGAGAAGAUCUUAAAUGGGGACCUAGAAAAGACCAUCAAGAUGUGGGAAAGGAAAGUGGAGAUUGCAGAGAUGUCCUUAAAAGGCUACCGCAAGGCUUGGAAUAAAAUGAAAAAAGCCAAUGAGCAGUUGGAGGCAGAGGGAGGUCAUGGCUGCAGACCAAAAAAUGAUCUAUUAAAGUAA